AUGGAGGACUCUCUGCUGGACUUGGACCAGGACCCACUUUUGGACUUGGGUCUGUGGGCUCCUCUGGAGCCAGGAGCCCCUCUGGAGCCAGGAGCCCCUCUGGAGCCACUGCUGCUGGACUGUGGCACCGGGGCCUUGUCCCCAUGGACAGAGUCCAGUCUGGGACCCGGUCCUGGUUUUGGCCCAGUUUUUGGGGAGGUUCCUCUGGGGCUGGAGCCGGAGCAGCUCACCUGUGCGGCUCUGGACUCGUGCACGGCUUUGGACUCAUGCACGGCCCUGGACUCGUGCACGGCUCUGGACUCGUGCACGGAUAUGGACUCGUGCACGGCUUUGGACUCGUGCACAGAUUUGUUGGACUCAUGCACUGACAUGUUGGACUCGUGCACGGAUGUUCUGGACUCGUGCAUGCGCAGACCCCGCCCCCUUCCAAACCCACCGUAUAAAGUACAGCGUCACGCAGCGAACGUGCGUGAGCGCAAGCGCAUGCUCAGCAUCAACUGUGCGUUUGAAGCGCUGCGUGCACACGUGCCCACGUUCCCGUACGAGAAGCGUCUGUCCAAGAUCGACACGCUGCGGCUCGCCAUCGCCUACAUCGCUCUACUGCGGGAGAUCCUGCUGUCCGGCAGGAACCCCAAAGACUAUGUGGAUGAGUGCCUGAAGAGCGGCCUGAAGGGCCCCCAGGGGCCUCAGGGGCCCGGGGACAGUACAGCGACCUGGAACACGAGCGGUGAGUGA